GUUUCCGUAGCAACUGUGGCCCGGGUCCGUUACCCGCAGCGGUCGCUGUUCAGUUCAGUUGAGCUCGUUGAGCGGAAGGGAUUCUGUCGUCAGUUAUCGGAUUCCACCUCUACCUGCGGGGGUGUCGUGAAACGGGGGAGGCGCAGCUUCGAGGUGGGGAGCCCGCAGGCCCGUGCGGAGAUGCUGAACAUGUGGAAAGUCAGGGAGCUCGUGGACAAAGCCACUAAUGUGGUGAUGAACUACUCAGAGAUAGAGUCCAAGGUUAGAGAAGCAACCAAUGAUGACCCCUGGGGACCUUCUGGACAGCUAAUGGGAGAGAUAGCCAAAGCUACGUUUAUGUAUGAGCAGUUCCCAGAGGUGAUGAACAUGCUUUGGACCAGGAUGCUGAAGGAUAAUAAGAAAAACUGGAGACGAGUUUAUAAGGCAUUACUCCUGCUCGCCUAUCUGAUCCGGAACGGUUCUGAGAGAGUCGUCACCAGUGCCAGAGAGCACAUCUAUGACCUGCGAUCUCUAGAAAAUUAUCAUUUUAUUGAUGAGAAUGGGAAGGAUCAGGGCAUAAAUGUACGUCAGAAGGUGAAGGAGAUGGUGGAGUUCGUCCAGGAUGAUGACAGACUCCGAGAAGAGAGAAAGAAAGCAAAGAAGAACAAGGAUAAAUACAUUGGAGUCUCCUCUGACAGCAUGGGUGGAGGAGGGGGCAGCAGCUUUAAGAACUCUAAUGAAUUGGAUCGCAGUAAGUGGGAUGAGGACUGGGACAAGAGCAGAGGAGCUUUCCCUUUCAGCGAGAAGCUCGGAGAGAUCAGCGAUAAGAUAGGCAGCACCAUUGACGACACACUCAACAAGUUCAGGAAGAAGGAGCGAGAUGACUCGCCUGACAGGAUCAGUGACAAUGAGGAGGACAGAGGCUCAAGAAACGGGAGGCAGGAAACGAUCGAAUUCAAAGACGAGGAGGAAACUGUCACGACGAAGAGCAUCCAGAUCACACAGGCAACAGAGACCACAACCACCACGACACGGAAACGCAGCGGAGCAGCGAGCAGUAAGACAUUGGACCUAGGUGCUGCAGCACACUAUACAGGAGACAAGAGCCCAGAGGAACAGACUUCAGCUAAACAGUCUUCCAGCUGUGGACUGGCUGACCUGCUGGUGAUUGACACAAACAACGAGAGCAUAGCGACGGGAGGGACUUCAGACCUCAUAGGUGGCUUUGCUGACUUUUCCUCACCUGCAGCCUCCGCCAGCCUCCCCACCUCCACUGCUGCUGCCUCAUCCAAUGGAAACGGAGAGUUUGGAGACUGGAGCUCCUUUUCAGGAAAUCCUCCAGUUUCAUCUAGCUCUGCUCCUUCCCAGCCAGUCACCGACCUGUUUGGCAGCGGACCGUCAGUCCAAACAACACCUUCAAAUCCCUCCUCUGUGCCACCGUCUGCUGAGCUCUUUGACCUGAUGAGCGGACCAACCAAUCCACACACCACACUCAGUGCUUCUCAGAGCAUGACCUUCUCUCUAGGAGGGGUGACGGCGGGCGCAUCGUUCCCUGUGCCAACGAUGCCCCACUCCCGCUCUCAACAGAAUUUGGUGGGCAUGGUGUCCCAGCAGCCAUUGGGAUCGCAGCAGAAGACUGGUGUUGGAAGUCAGGGAUCGUUAGGGUCAACUUGGUCCGACCCAUCUGUCAACAUCAGCCUGGACUUCCUCUCUGCAGGCCUCAACCCCACAAAAUCCCCCCCCACCCUGAACAAUAUCAUCCAGCAACAAGGAGUGCCACCGGUCAACCUGUUGGCUCAGAAUUUUGGAGGACUAAACCUCAGCUCAGCGCCUCAAGUGACUCCCAUCAGACCAGCCAACCCCAUGAUGGCCGGGGGCGCCAUGACAAUGGGGAUGCCUGCUACUGUGGGUGUGGGCAUGCCGCCUUCGAUGGCCACAGGUUUACAGGGCGGACUUCCUGUGAACCAAGGGAUGAUGGGAAUGAACAUGAGCAUGAAUAUGGGCAUGGCCGCCCCUGUGAUGUUGGGGGGGAUGGGGGUCCCAGGAGUAGGAAUGGGUCUGAGUCACUCCAUCAGCCCAGCCGUGAUCCCACCAAAACAAGAUGCCUUCGCUAACUUUGGCAGCUUUGGGAAAUGAAGGUUUACAGUUGUGUGUGUGUGUAUGUGUGCGUGAAACUGUGAGCGUAUGAACUACUGAAGGACAUGAAGAUAACCUUGCAUGUUUGACUGUUGGUGAGCUGGUUCACCGGCCUGGUCUGAUGGCGCGAUCCGGGUGAAAGGGGGGAACCCACCGAUUCUCCUCACAGGUGGUAUGAAGGUGUUGGUACAUAAUCGGUCAACUCUACUUCCCUUUACUGGAAAAAUCAUCGUCUUCGCAUGAGUUUUUAUAAAACCGUAUAUUUCCUCUAUUCCUUUUUUCCCCACACACAAUUCACUUCAACUAAAAUGGUACUGAGGCCUUAAUUUUGCAUUGUAGCUGAAAAAUUACGUUUUUGUUUUUUUUUUAUCAUGAAGUUUAACCCAAAGUAACUGCUAAGCCAUUUCCAAACAUGAAACAUGUCGAACAAAGCAAUCCAUUUCUAUUUGUUUGAAUUCAGAUGCUGGUAUGUUUCAAAGCAAACCGUUUCAUUCGAACAUGUCUGUCUGUGCUUAGAUUUGCCAUCUCCUAUAUGUUGGUCUGGUUGUUAGUGGCUCUAUUUUAAAACAUGGCCGCAUUCCCUCUCCUCCUCCUUUGAUUUUGUUCCUGCAAGGUUUAAAAAUACUCUGAUUUAAGCUGCGCUGUGUACAUUUAAUUUUCUCUGUAUUUUUAUUAAUUAUGAACAUAACAAGGCAGUCAAUCAUACGAUCUUAUUUACUCAAUUAUAUAUUAUUAUCUGGUCAUGGUCUAUUUUACGUUAAAAUAUGACUUAAGGCUUUUGAUUCAUUUUAAUUUUAUGAACUGAUUUAGUAGUACUAGUCUAGAAAAUAACAUUAAAUCCCUCGUCUUUUACCACA